AUGGGUUUGUCUGCGUCCUCCCCGGCUGCUGCGGGUCCGUCACCGAAUGCGUCCAAGGAACAUCAGGCGGCAUCUCCACCUUCGGAAUGUCCUAUGCAUCAGGAAAAGAUGAGCGGUUGCCCCAUGCACAUGAAGGCUCCUGAGAACGCAGACGAUGUUCCUGCGCAUCAAGAAAGAGCGUAUGAAUUUGUAGCAUGUCCGGUGAAGUCUGGUGCAUCUCAAGUGAAAGAUGACAUCGAUCCUAGCAAUAUGAUGCCGCCUCCUAAUCAGCAGCCAUCCCCAGAUCAACCGUUUCCAUUGUCAACUGUUAGAGAAGAAUCUUCCAUUCCUAGAGCGCAUUCUGACAAGAAAUGGGUCUACCCUUCCGAGCAAAUGUUCUGGAAUGCUAUGCUAAGAAAAGGGUGGAGGUGGAAAGAUGAUGACAUAACGGGUGAAGACAUGACCAACAUUAUUAAGAUUCACAACCAAAAUAACGAGCAAGCCUGGAAGGAGAUUUUGAAGUGGGAAGCUCUUCAUGCUGUGGAAUGUCCGUGUGGACCAUCGCUGAUGCGGUUUGGAGGCAAAGCGAAGGAGUAUUCACCAAGAGCCAGAAUCCGGUCAUGGAUGGGAUACGAACUUCCCUUUGACAGACACGAUUGGAUUGUUGACCGAUGCGGAAAAGAAGUGCGAUACGUUAUCGAUUACUAUGAUGGUGGAGCAGUAGAUAAGAACUACCAGUUCACUAUCCUGGAUGUUCGCCCUGCGUUUGACUCUCUCUCGGCUGUGUGGGACAGAAUGAAGGUAGCUUGGUGGCGGUGGACUUCGUAACUACUACGGUGUGUAGUCGAAAAGUAAACCACUUUCCUCCUAGACUAAGGAGGAGCGAAUGCUAGGACUUGAACUAGAAGUUCGCUGCAACUGUCAUUAUUUUCAUCAUCACCACUGUUCUUUGGGGGCGGGAAGGGAGGAUGGGGAAAUCCGUUGUUAGGUACACCCAUGCUUUAUGGUGUU